GGAGACAGGGUGUGCAGUAUGAUCUUCGUAGCCAACGGUCCGCGGCCACCCAAACUUCAAAUGGAUAAUCGGCAAUCAUUCGACGAACUGAUUACACCUUGUCACGUUUCCGUCGUCUGCCAUACGCUCAGGGGCUUUGGUUACCAGUUGAAAUUACGACUUGUUGGUCGUAAGUAGUACCUCCAUACAACCCAUUUUCCUUUCUUUCACCAUAUUGCUGGACAAUUAUUACUGGAUAAUGAAUGGUUUCGCGGUGUCGAGGGGCUCGCUCUCCUAUGAGGAGAAGCUAUCUCUCAUUGACGACAGAUCUCUUUCGGACGUGGAAAGCGAGAGUGCUCGGGCAGAACUUGACGGUCGCUUCUCACACAUACAAUGGGCAGCCACAGCGAAAACCUAUUGCAACGGCUUCCGACUAUCAUCAUGGAGCUCAAGUUUACUCAGGAUAGGCAUGUUCCUGCUCCCUAGUUUCAUACAGCAUCGGUGCGCUCGUGAGCGUUUCCGAACAGAAAAGCUUCACCCAACCGCAUACCUCGACGGAAUGAGAGGUCUAGCCGCCCUAUUUGUCUUCUUUUGCCAUUAUUUUUACACGGCCUUCAAGGUAGCAGAAGGUUGGGGCCACGACAACGCCAACUAUGAGAUAUGGCGGCUCCCCUUCAUCAGGCUGCUCUACAGCGGACCUUCCAUGGUCUGCGUCUUCUUUAUUAUAUCAGGCUACGCUCUCUCCUUAAAGCCAUUAAAACAAGCUCGAAGUCGCUCCCUCGACGGUCUUUCAAAUACCAUGACCUCUUUCGUCUUUCGUCGAUUUUUCCGUUUAUACCUCCCGCCCAUGAUCUCGACGUUCGGUGUGUUGAUAUUGCUCCGUUUUGGCAUCUAUGAGAUGACCAGGGACUUUGUCAACGAUCGGAAAUACGUCCACAACGUAAUAGAACACCAUCCGGUUCUGGAAGAAACUACACAAAAACAGCUGCGUCAUUGGGUGCGGGAGAUGUAUGACUUCGUCCACGUCUGGGGUUGGGAGAAAUUCGGCGGCGCCACAGGUUACGAUGUCCAUCUCUGGACGAUACCGGUUGAAUUUAGAUGCUCUAUGAUGCUCUUCCUGGUAAUGAUUGGCACUGCCAACUUGCGGACUGGCGUGCGAUUCUUUUGUCUUGCCUGCAUCAUGUGGUUCGUUCUCCGUAGUGAUCGAUGGGAGAUGGUCUUGUUUCUCUGGGGCAUGGCGAUUGCUGAAUUAGACCUCAUUCGAGGUGCCCACGAACCAAGCCCUUCCCAGCAGCCAUCCCCUCCGCCUGCGACGCUGCUACCUCUUGACAGUACACCAUCUACUACCCCUGAGAGGCGCAGUCCAUGCAAUUUCUUAUGGACUCUUCUCACAAUCCCCGCCCUCUACUUAAUGUCCGAGCCGGACGCCGGGCCCGCCGGCGUCCCUGGCUGGGACUACCUCGGAACGCUGAUCCCAGAGUGGUUCUCGGAUAAGUACCGAUACUACCAGAUGAUCGGCUCCAUCAUCUUCGUGUUCUGCACGGCACGCUCGAUAUCCUGGCAGCGCGCCUUCAACUCGGCGCCGGUGCAGUACUUUGGGCGCAUCAGCUACGCCUUGUAUCUGAUGCACGGCCCCGUACUGCACACCGUCGGGUUCCUCGUCGAGAAGCGAGUCUUGGACUGGACAGGCACCGAAGGCAACCGGUAUACCUGGGGCUUCAUACUCGCGAGCGUCAUCAACAUCCCGCUCGUCAUCUGGGCCGCCGACAUCUUUUGGCGUGCUGUCGACGCGCCGGUUGUGCGGUUCACGAAGUGGCUUGAAGGGAAGUUAUCUAUACAAGAUUAAAUGCGGUAGGGUGCGGUGUAAUGAUUGCAUAAUUGGAUGGAUGAUUUUUUGCCGUUGGAAUACCUAGUAGUAGCGACUUUAACAGUAACAAUGUUGCCGGUUCGGUUCUUUUUUGUAUAGGUAAAGGUACCUAGGUAGGGUUUACAG